AUGUCUCCUAUUAGAAGAAAGGCGACUUCAUUGGUUUUCGCCGAGAAGUCAACUUCUACCGAUGCUGGGCUUACUGCCAAACAAGAACUGCUAGAUUCAGUGAAAAGUCUAUGGGAAACGUCCCAAUAUAGUGAUUUGAAAAUCACCUGCCACCCGCACACGUUCCACGUCCACAGAAGCAUCGUCUGCCCACGGUCGGAAUAUUUCGCUUCGGCCCUGAGCGGAGAAUUUAAGGAGGCCGUUUCCGGAGAGAUUGAGUUAGACGAUGACCCGCGACUCGUCAAUGGGAUGCUUGAAUAUCUCUACACGCUGGAUUACUGUGUUGAGGACAAGCAGAUCUCAAAUGCUGAUAGCGCUGCUACAGCCACCUCGGGCGAAGUUGAGAACGGCUUGUCUUCUCCACUGUCCUCUGGUUCAUAUGAUCAUCUCUCCUUCCAUAUCCUGAUGUACUCCCUCGCCGAGCGGCUGUUCAUUCAUGGUUUGAAGCGCCUUUCAAAACAAAAUGUCGAACGAGAGCUUAGUCAACGUGUGGAUGGAGAUACUUUCUUCGCUGCCAUCUUGGAAAUAUACAAAACGACUCCGGAACACGACCGUGGCCUUCGGGAUCUGAUUGUGAAUAUGACAAUUAAGCAUUUGGCUCUUUUACGCAAGGGAGAAAAUCGUUUGACUUUGUCUCUGGAAAGUGACAUAUUCACACAAGCUCCAAAAUACUCGCAUGAGCUUCUUAUAGCAUUGAUGGAUAAGUGGACCCGCCAUCUAUCGGACUAG